CAGCAACAUUGACAAGAGCAGACAACACAGGCCAAUGAUACAGGGGUACCUCAGGGAGCCACACAAAGUAAUGAUGGGGAACCAAAUGGGCCAACUCAGUCCAACAUUGUACAACCGAGGAGCAAAAUUCAAGUUAGAAAAAGACCAAGUGGAGGUGUUUCCACUGACAGUUCUGCACCACAACAUACACGUGGUGCACUUGGGAAAAGGCUUAGGGAAUAUGGCUAUGGGUUGUUUACAGACAUGAAUACCGGCAUGACCAUUUUGAAUCCUGGGAGACCUUCAGAGGUGCUGAUAUCUCAAGGAGGACCAAGUCAAGAAUCGGCUGCACCACCAAGAACAACAAGAAGUCAAGGGCAAGCACUGCUAAACCAAUCAAUGGUAACUCGAGCACAAUCCAAGAGGAAGCAACCAAUGGCACUACCAAAUCAGAAGGUGCAAAGGCCAGCUCGAAAGCAGGCACCCAAAAAUGCCACAACAGCGCUUGCGUCCAAAUCAAAUGAUCCUGGAAAUGUCACUACACAUCAGUCUGAACAACCUGCUACCACAGUGGCACCAAUCACAAGAAGUUCAGCAGGAGACAACACCAACAAACAUCAAGGACCAAGCAAAAGAAUGUCUCCUCCAAAAGCUAAGCCAGUUGAAAAAGAAACACGAUCGAUGGAUGUGCCUAGAGUUCCAGUUCGAAAGAGUGCGAGGAUCAUGAACAAUAUGAAGAGUUGUCCGUCGAACAAAGGAAGUGACCAAGUUGUUAACAUUGACUAAUGGGAUGAUGGGAAAGGCUGUCUAUUUAUGUGUGUUUAGGGGGAUUUUGUUAGGUGUUUGAUGCCAUUGUUGUAUUUUGGCUAGUGAUGUGUUUGGUAGCAAUGUUGUA